AUGUGGUUUCAUCUUUAUUUUAAUCUUUAUCUUCAUUUCCUAUUAUACUCACUUGUUGCAACCAAAUCUCUCGCUGCUUAUACCUACCGCCCAGAUAUUCAAAACGAAUUUGGUUCUUACAUGAAUCCCAAUCCAAGAACUCCUUGUGAAGGCUCAGAACUAGAAAAAUUAAACACCUGUGCUAACGACGUUUUAUCGAAACUAGAUGAUUGUAAAGCUGAUGAUCUCGCUUGUGAAUGUUGUGCACUUCAAAGUCUUAAUCGAGACUGCUAUGGUCUAUGUCCUGGUUCUCCAUCCGGCAAUUUUUUAGCUGUAUUAUAUGAUGAUUGUGAGUCUUUGAAUGAUGUUAACGCCUGUGGUUUGCCCUUCAAAAAGGAAGAUGCGAAACCAAUUUCCCAUAGAUUGAAUUCAAAUUCAAAAUCAAAAUCAAAUACUUAUCCAACAAAUUACAUCCAUCAUAAUACAAAUGACCCAAUUCCAGUACUUAAAUCAACUUUUGAAUCAAAAGAAAAAGUCAAGUCUAAAGAUAUAAACAAAGAAAAACAAAAAAUAACUCAAGAUCAAGAAAUUUUAACUUUAAAAGUUGAUACCAACGAAAUCGUAUCAAAGAACUCAAAGAACUCAACAAAUUCAACAAUUAUAUCUCCAUCCACCAAUAUCAACAAUGAUAACAAUAAAAAUGAUUUCAACUCAAACUCAAACAGUACAAUCAAUUCGACUAAUACAACCGAUUCAAACAAUAUCGGAGUAAACACUGACCAUUCCUCGAUGGGCUCGAUUAUCAAAACAAGUUAUCUUUCUUUUUUUAUCUUCUUCUUUAGUUUUUGUAUUGUUAUUGUUUUAGAUUAG